CGCAAAAUGAACAGCAACCUGGCAUGUGUAUUACAUGUAAUAAUACGGAGUGCAGAGGUACUCUGCUUCAUAUGGCUGAGUGUACAUCUUCCAAAACUAUAAAAAAAAGUUGUUAUAGCAAGACCCUACAAUUCCCAUUGGGGAGUCAAAAGGACAUAAUAUAUAACAUCUUCGGAUGCAUGAAGAGUGAGGAUUGUCGCCCAUUCAAUGAAACUGCCACUUUAUCAAAUGGCCAAUACGCCGAAAUAGCACUCCAGUGCUGCAACAAAGUUAUGUGCAAUAGAUAUGUCAAGAAAGUAGCAGAUAAAAAUGACCGUCCCUUAAAUGGGAUGCAGUGCCCAGGCUGCCUCUCUAUUAACGCAAAGGAAUCUUGCUCAAGUGAGACUAUGGUCCGCUGUCAUGGCGAAGAGAAUCACUGUGUUUCAUAUACUGGGCAACUUAAAACACCCAGAACCUCCUCUUCCACAGUCAGCUUCAAAGGCUGUGCAACAAAAUAUCUGUGUGACUUACUAACAGGAGCCUCUAAAGAUGGAACUGACAUAUUGGCACCCCAAAAUGCAACAGAAGCAGAAUGCUCCUGUGCCGAAUUCCCAGCAAAAACCUAACAUCCAUUCUUUACAAUGAUCAUCCCCAAUCCCUACAAUGAAUUUGCAUCGAUCCCCUUUUAGUCAGAGGCUAGCUCACACU